CAAAGCGUUAUGGAGCGGCAAGUGUGUGUUUUGCCAGUUUUGACCAUGCGUCGGUUAGGAAUGAGUAUUGUUUUCUAGCUGCGACGUCGUCUCCGCUAUCGCCGUGACCAUGGUAACCGGCGUUCCCAGCCUCAACAUCAAGCAGCUCGACUGUAAGCAGGGCGCCGUGCGCGCGGUCCGCUUCAACGCCGACGGCAACUACUGCCUGAGCGGAGGCAGCGACCGCACCGUCAAACUGUGGAAUCCUUUCCGGGGCUCGCUCCUGCAGACGUACCUGGGUCACGCCGGGGAUGUCCUGGACGUCCGGGGUUCGUGUGACAAUGCGACCGUCGCGUCGGCCAGCAUCGACAAGUCCGUCGUCCUCUGGGACGUGACGACGGCAAAGAGCACGCGCAAGUGGCGUGGCCACGCGGGCGCCGUUCAGGCCGUGUGCUUCAACGAGGACUCUUCGGUCGUCGUGUCGGGCUCCAUCGACUGCAGCGUCUGCUGCUGGGACACCAGGAGUCGAGCCCGGGACCCCGUGCAGGCCCUUAAGGAGGCCCGCGACGCCGUGACCAGCGUGCUCGCCACAGACCACGAGGUCGUCAGUUCGUCCCUAGACGGUUCCGUGCGUCGUUACGACCUCAGGAUGGGUAAGAUGAGCAAGGACACCUUGGGUUGCCCGGCAACGCGAGUCCAGUUGACUCGAGACGGCCUCUGCGUGCUCGUCAGUUGCCUCGGAGGCCUGCUCAGACUCCUGGACAAGACGUCGGGACAGUCACUGCAGGAAUUCGCGGGACACAAGAAUGUGCAGUUCUACCUCGACUGCUGUCUGAGUCAGGACGACUCGCACGUGUACUCGGGUUCAGAGGACGGUCAGGUUUGUUGCUGGAACCUGGUGGAAGGAAAGCUGGUUGACAGAUUGAAGCACCCGACUCAAGCGCCGGUGUCUUCACUGUCCCAACACCCGUCCAAAGCGGUGCUACUGACGGCCACGCGAGGAUUGGUUUAUCUCUGGGGAGAGCCCGAGAGCGUUUGCAAAGACUCUGAUGCUAGCACUUCUGGCGUCCAGGACCCCGUCGGUUCCUAGCAGCUUUGAUGAACAAGUUUGAGCACAAACAGGCUUCAGAAAAAAGGUGAACCUUGUACCCAGUGAGGUGUGUGUUGUGGACACAAUGGUUCCAUGACGUUAAGAAGACAGACAGCAUUACCGCUCAAUGUGUUCCAAGGCGAGAAGCCAUGCUGUCACAAAACGACAUUGCGCAUACAGUCCCCGAGUGCGACAACGCGACCGCCACGUCGAGCUCAUUUUGCCCAUUUACACAUAUGAACCUUGUUCCAUAAGCACGUGGGUUGAGUGCUUAUAAUCAUGUUGAGUCAUCUAAGAGCACAGCGUAAGUGGCUUAAGUCUCACUGAAAGGUAUUGAAGUCUUUCGGCUUCUCCACUUCAUUUAAGAAAGGGGGAACUGAUAAAUGUGGUGUCCCACGUACAAUUCCCUGAAUUCAAUGUAACAGUGCUUGUAUGUAAAUAGAGACAAGAUGAUGUGAAACAUGCCUCAACAGAGCUGUGCUCAGCACUACCCAUGCAGCACGGAUGCUGAAGACCACUUUUGAACUCCCGCAAUAAAAACAUUGCGAAAGAUGUUCACAGAGUUUCACA